UCUCUGGGCUGGGUCCCAUUCUAUGUCAGAGCACACCCCCUCCCCCCGCUUGGCCCAUGCCCCGCGCCUGAGGGUGCUGCCUGCCAUUAACUCCCUGAGAUCAUUCACCUUCCCCUGGUGCUGCUGUGGUGGUAAUCGCCAGACUUAUGCCUGAGCAUCGAGAUGGGCAGCCACGUACAGACUGCUUGCCUUCUCUCUCUACCUGCUGCGGGGUGUGGCUGCAGAUCCCUGCCCCUCCCCCCCCCCCCCAUCGCUGGCCCGGUGUUGGGGAGAGCCAGGGAGAGAACCCAGCAGUCCUGGGGCCAGGCCCCGUGUGUGGCCAGGCGCUGCUGUGCCUGGAGUCUAAGCUGGCGGUUUAGGCUGUGUCCCAUAUGCGUCUGACAAAGAGAUGUGUUGAUCAGUAAACCUAGAACCCGUGCUAGGCAUAAGCAGAGCAGAAAAUGUCUUUUAGAGGUAGAGGAGGUGGCGGAGGAGGCAGAGGUGGCUUCAAUCGUGGUGGAGGAGGUGGCUUCAAUCGUGGUGGAGGAGGUGGCUUCAAUCGUGGUGGAGGAGGUGGCUUCAAUCGAGGUGGACGAGGUGGCUUUGGGCGUGGAGGGGGUGGACGAGGAGGCUUCAACAGAGGAUAUGACCAAGGACCUCCUGAAAGUGUAGUUAUAUUGGGAGAAUUCAUGCAUCCUUGUGAAGAUGACAUUGUUUGCAAAUGCACAACGGAAGAAAACAGAGUGCCUUAUUUCAAUGCACCAGUUUACUUGGAUAAUAAAGAGCAGAUUGGCAAAGUGGAUGAAAUAUUUGGACAGCUAAGAGACUUUUAUUUUUCAGUUAAACUGUCAGAAAACAUGAAGGCCUCUUCCUUUAAAAAAUUACAAAAGUUUUAUAUUGACCCAGCAAAGUUAUUGCCAUUGCAAAGGUUUUUGCCUAGGCCUCCAGGUGAGAAAGGUGCUCCAAGAGGAGGUGGGAGAGGAGGACGUGGGAGAGGAGGAGGUAGAGGUGGAGGUGGCUUCAGAGGAGGAAGAGGUGGUGGAGGCUUCAGAGGAGGAAGAGGUGGAGGUGGUGGCCGUGGUUUCAGGGGUAGAGGACGUUAAAAAGUGGAGAUAUUGGCAUCUAACUGCUGAAUUUUCUAGUGGACCUGAAAAGUAAUAAAUUGUUUUUAAAGCAAGCAAAGUAACAAAAUGUAUCGCCAGCAUUAAUUGUUACAACUAAUGGAUGCUUAUCAACACAUGAAGAGGAUGUGUUCACCCAUGAAGAAUUGAAGGCAGCUCUUUAUUCUUCACUUGAAAUAUACUUGAACAUUUUUUAAUGAUCAAAGCAGACUUUAAAUUUUAUGUUUUUAGAGUCUUCAUUUCUGACAGUCUAUUUUAGUUAAUGCUUGACUUCAUGUUGAAGUUGAAAGUUAAUGAUCCACUGAAGAAGUAAAAAAAAAAAAAAAAAAAAAAAAAAGCUACAGAUUCUCUAAGGGCACAGAUGUGAAUCUGUGUUACACAUGACUGGUGUCUUGUUCUCCCUGUCUUUUUAUUGUUGCAUUUGUUGUGCUGUGUAUGUUGCCCAUAUCCUGCUUAAUUCUUUCUCUUGUUUACUAUUUUGGAAUAUUUUCAAUGACUAACAAAGUCUAAAAACCAAAUAUUUUAAAAAAUAGAAAAUUUGUAUAAAACGCACCAUGCUAGAAAAGGAGGAUAGUAAAGAAUACUUAAUACACUUUCCUGAAUAAAUCUUUAUUAAAACUAAAAA